AUGGUUGGAUCAACAUAUGUGCUAGCAGUGCUAUCACUCAGCAUGAUGGCCAUUGCAUCUCCUAUCCAAUUAGCGCGCCGAGCAAUCUCAACCGAGCUACUGGAACAAUUCAACCUAUUCUCCCAGUUCGCCAGCAUAUCAGCUUGCGACCAAAACAUCAACCACACAGGCCAAAGCCUUACCUGCGACUACGGCAACUGCAGACUCGUACAAGCCGACAACACGACGGUAAUUGACACAUUCCACAGCGACCACGGGCCGACGGGCUACAUCGCCCUAGACCAUACGCGGGAAAUGAUCCUCUUAACAUUCCGCGGAUCGGUAUCUAGAAGCGACGGCAAGACAGAUCUUGACAUUGUUCUCGCUUCGAUUGAUGAGGUGUGCAAGGGGUGCAGGGCUCAUCACGGGUUCUGGGUAUACUGGACCGCCGUAGCGAGCCAGGCGACGGCCCAGCUUCACGAUGCAAUCAGCUCAUAUCCGGGCUAUAGAUUGAACGUUAUAGGACACAGUCUGGGUGGAGGUGUUGCAACGUUGGCAGGGACUGCUCUUCGAACACAAGGGUUUAAUCUGGACAUUUGGACAUUCGGAGCCCCGAAACCAGGGAAUCUAGAGCUGGCUAAAUUCAUCACAAACCAACAAUCCAACAGCAUCUACCGAGCCACACACACUACAGACCCUGUACCGAAAGUCCCACUCAAGCUACCAUUCUUAGAUUGGAGCCAGCCUUCGCCUGAAUACUGGAUUACUCAGGAGACUGGGGUGCAGGUUACCACCGAUGGUGUGCAAUAUGUUGAAGGAAUCAAUAGCAGGGCGGGAAAUGCUGGUUCAGAUCGGGAUUUGAGGUGGCCGAAUCCUGAACAUGGGUGGUAUUUUGGGAAUAUAAGCGUCUGCGCGACUCCGAUAGAUGCACCGGCAUAA